AUGCCUGUCGUGAAUAUUCACCCGUACGGUGCGCAUCUGCUUCCAGUCGCACUAAUGAAGAUCACGCACCAGGCGCUACAAGGCCUCGCAUUGGGCCUUGCACCAGUGUUAGCGAUGGACGGAACUGGUGGCACGUAUUUCUUUAAGGACCCUUCCCACCGCAAUGUGGGCUGCUUUAAACCUCAAGAUGAAGAACCGUUCGGACCAAAUAAUCCGCGCGGAUUGGUGGGGCAACUGGGUCAGAGUGGACUUCGUCGGGGAAUUUUGUCUGGAGAAGCUUGCGAACGUGAGCUUGCCGCCUAUGUACUGGACAAGGAUCAUUUUGCUGGGGUCCCAGCUACAUCUCUCGUGGAGUCGCGGCAUCCUGUGUUCAACUACGCGGGCAGUGCAGAUGCCUUGCACUUUAAGGUUGGCUCGCUGCAGGAAUUUGUACGACACGAUGAUGUGGUAAGUGAUCUCGCACCAAACCAAUUUUCGACCCAUCAAGUCCACAAGAUUGUGCUUCUGGACAUGCGGCUGUUAAACACGGACCGCAAUGAUGCGAACAUUCUCGUGCGCAAGCGGCGGUCACCAACUACGGGUCACGUAGAGUACGAACUGAUACCGAUUGACCACGGUUACUGCUUACCGCAGUUCCUGGAGAUUGGAUGGUGCGAUUGGUGCUGGUACAAUUGGCCGCAGCUUCGAAAGCCUUUGAGUGCUGAGGAUCGAGCCUACGUGCUGUCAUUAUCAGCCCAGGAAGACGCAGAUCGGUUAGCGAAAAGGAUUCCGUUGCGACGCGCGUGUCGACGCAACAUGAUUAUUGCAAGUAUGGUAGUGCAGAAGGGAGUUCGAGCAGACCUCGUUUUAUUUGAGAUUGCUCGCAUCAUGUGUCGUGAGGAUCUAGAUGCGCCUUCCGCGCUAGAGCUGAUGUGCGUUGAGGCGUUUCACCAGCUGCAGGUUGUCAAGCAGCGCAAGCAGAACGGCGCAAUAUUUCACCACGCCCAUUUGCAACCAGCCAUCACACCUGUCAUUAAACCUAGCGAGCCGACUGUCGCAGACAAGCAAGGGACUGCACCGAUUGCUAUACCAUCGUCGCCACGAGCACCGUUCCGGAAUUUGCGAGUGUCAAUUGACUCCCCACCACGCCUAGAAUCACUAUCAUUUGGACGCUCCCCUAUUGCUAGUGGUGCUCAAUCUCCCCCCGGUUUUUGGGCAAGCUAUGCUCCAUUUAGUUCAGAUGAAGAAGACGAUGACGACGCCCAAGUAUGCUCAAAGUUUUCAACAUCCGAUGGAUCCAGCACAAGCAAUAAACAGAGGCUUUCGCUCAGUUGGGACGAAAUGGCUUCGCAAGCUCUCUCAAAUGCUGUCCAGCACGCGGGGAACGGAUAUGCUGGAUCAAUAGCUACUCCAGCAAGUGCUCCAUCCAACGGUCACAAAAUGGUGAUUGACCACAACAGUUCGCGAUCUCCCACAUCUUCGUUCAUCGGCGCCGAAGAUGAUAAGGAUGAGUUUGAAAUCCUGAAUGGCGCGCUUGAUGAUGACGUACAAGAUGAAAACCUCUUCCUCAAUAUUCUGGGUCGGCUGCUUGACGAAAAAAUCGAGACAACCAAAAGGCGACAAUUAGAAGAACUGAAGCGGAAGCAACAUGCAGAGUGUCCCAGCAGGUCUGCGGACAAGAAUGUGAUCCCAGUCCGGAACUAA